UGAAAACUUUCAUCUCUGUCCUUCUACAUUCCAGCAUGUUCACCGACUUGGGUAUGCAAUCACCAUGAUCAACUGAUGCUAAGGGUCCAUGUGUCGUCUUCUCCGUCUUGUUUCACAGCGUUCACUGUUGGUAAUCUUUGCCUAACUCGUUCGUCCGUUCUUCAUCCGCAUCGCCAAUUGUUCUUUUUCUUCCCUGCUCUUCUCUGUUUAUGUGACGGCUUCCCUUCUUCUUGCUUCAAGUUGCUACUGCAUUCGUGGGUGUGGCUAUGGCUGUGGGGGCAUCGAAAAUCUUCCUUCCAUGCUUCACGUCACCACCAUCAUCUCCCCUGUUUUGUGUCACAAAUCGCUCAACUUAGCCAGUCAUCCAACUUGUUUGUUCAUUACCGUCGCUGCUGGAGUCCUGUCUGUUCAUCAUUACAUGUGGUUCCGAUUCGUUAACUGGUGUUGAUCCUACUGCUGACAUUUAAGGGGCGAAAAAUUGUUCUGGGUGGUGAUAUUUUGCUUAGCAUUAUCUCCUUUUGACAUAAACAUUUGAACUGAUG